GGGUGUGAUGGGGUGAGCCCCGUGUGGGCUGGGCUGUGUUUGCUGAGCUCAGCCGGGGCGCGGGGAGGGGGCUCCGUGCGUGUGAUCGUGCAGCUGUGCGCGCGUGUGCGACCCUGCGAGCAUCCCCUGCUGCCGGCUGUCCCUGAGUCCCGGGAGCAGGACUAGCUCCUCUGGGCCUGACCUGGGAUCCUGGCGGCUACAGAGCUGCCCACUCCUCCAGGGGACGCCGCCGAGGGGCGCCAUGGAGACGCUGGCCCUGAAGCCCAAGGAGACAGCUCUUUCCUCUCAGGUCCCUGCACUUCCCUUGAAGGAGAAUCCAGAGGAUAAAUCGUUUUGGGGUCUCCUGGAAGCCAGGUCUGAGGAAUCAGUGACUUUCAAGGAUGUGGCUGUGGACUUCACCCAGGAGGAGUGGGGUCAGCUGGACUCCCCUCAGAGGGCCCUGUACCGGGAUGUGAUGCUGGAAAACUACCAGAACCUUCUCGCCCUUGCGGGGCCUCCUGUCCGCAAGCCAGACGUGAUCUCCCAUCUGGAACGCGGCGAGGAGCCUUGGCGGGUGCAGAGAGAAGUCCCCAGAGGGGCUUGUCCAGAAUGGGAGCCUAGGCCUGAGAUGAAGGAGUCCUCUCAACAGCAGGAUGCUUGCAAAGAAGAACCGUACCAGGAGCCAGUCAUUGAGCAGCCAAUGAGGCCCAGCCUCCACAGUGCCGGCCUUGGCAAGGCAUGGGCUUGGGAGGACCAGGCAGAUACUCUGUGGGGAAGCGAGGCUGCCCUCUGGAAGCCCCAUGGGGACAUUUCCACGGAGGAGAGCUGUAGUGGACAUAUCCAGUCUGAGGAGGAUUUCCCCCUCAGGUGUGUCCUCUUUGCCCAGCAAAGUAUUCCUACAGGAGGACACUGCCCUGGCAUAUGCACAAAUGAUGUCCAGUCCACUGAGGGUAUAACCAAAGACUACCAGAGAAUGUGCACAAGGGAAAACUCUUUCAACUCAAGUGAGCCUGGAAAAUACCCACACAUGCACAGGCAGCGGGGAGCGGGUGCUACGGAGGGUCUCUUUGUGUGUGGCGAAUGUGGAAAGGCCUUCCACCAGAGCUCAUCCCUCACGCUGCACCGGCGCUGGCACACUCGGGAGAAGGCUUACAAAUGCAGCGAGUGUGGCAAAGCCUUCACAUGGAGCACCAACCUCAUUGAGCACCAGCGGAUCCACACCGGUGAGAAGCCCUUUUUCUGCAGUGAGUGCGGGAAAGCCUUCAGCUGCCACUCGUCCCUCAACGUGCACCACCGAAUUCACACCGGCGAGAGGCCCUACAAGUGUAGUGCCUGCGAGAAGGCCUUCAGCUGCAGCUCACUGCUCAACAUGCACCUCAGGGUUCACACCGGGGAGAAGCCCUACAAGUGCAGCGAGUGUGGGAAGGCCUUCAACCAGCGGACGCACCUAACACGGCACCACAGGAUCCACACUGGCGAGAAGCCUUACAAAUGUAACGAGUGUGGCAAGGCCUUCACCUGCCACUCAUCCCUCACCGUGCAUGAGAAGAUCCACAAUGGAGACAAGCCAUUCAAGUGCACCGAAUGUGAGAAGGCCUUCAAUAACCGCUCGCGCCUCACUCUCCAUCAGAGGAUUCACACGGGAGAGAAGCCCUUCAAGUGCACUGACUGUGGGAAAGGCUUCAGUUGUCAUUCAUACCUCCUCGUGCACCAGAGGAUUCACAGCGGGGAGAAGCCCUUCAAGUGCACCGAAUGUGGGAAAGCCUUCAGCUCCCAUUCCUACCUCAUCGUGCACCAGAGGAUCCACACUGGAGAGAAGCCCUUUGAUUGCAGCAAGUGCUGGAAAGCCUUCAGCUGCCAUUCAUCCCUCAUUGUGCACCAGAGGAUUCAUACUGGGGAGAAGCCCUACAAAUGCAAUGAGUGUGGCAAAGCCUUCAGCCAAAAUCAUUGUCUUAUUAAACAUCAGAAAAUUCAUUCCGGGGAGAAAUCGUUUAAAUGUAAUGAAUGUGGCGAGAUGUUCAACUGGAGUUCACACCUUGUUGAACACCAGAGACUGCACAGUGAAGAGAAGCCCUUUGCCAUCCAGUUCAACAAACACUUGCUGAGCACCUACUAUGUGCCCGGCAGUCUUCUGGGGGCAAGGGACACCAGGGUGAGUGAUGUGGACCCAAUAAAUGCACUGGAUGUGGCAAAGCUCUUGUGUGUGGUUCAGCCCCCACCCACCAGGAAUUUCCCCCUGGGGAGCAAACCUGACAAUUAAGGUGGUGAAUGUGUUUUUGGUCACAGUGGCCACUUUCUGAGCUACCCAACAAGUAAGGCCCUGUCAUUUCCUCUCGGCUCAUAGAUCCAGACUGCUUGUUCCUCCAGAUGCAUGAGCCUUGCCUAUUGCCCAGUUCAGAUCUGUGUGCCAGGUCGCCUCCUUUAUUUAGGAUUAGCCUAGGAGAUACAGUCUAGGAGAAGAGAGUUGAGGGCCAUUUGAGGAAGCCCUGCUGUUCUGUUCUCCUUGAUGGGUCUGGAGGUCAUUGACAAGGGGAAUAGCUCUUUCCUGCAGAUAAA